CUUCCUUAUUUAUGAGUCUGCCGGCGCUCGCCUGCUUCCUCCGAAGACUUGAGGGAGAGUCUGCGAGCUGCCGUCCCCGCGUAUGAGGCACAGAAGGGCCGGAUGUCAGAACGACAUAAUUAUUCAUUAAACUACAAACUUUUCUUUUUUUAACCCAAAGAAUAUCGGUGAUUUUUGUCCACUGCGAGGAGAAGAAGAGCGAGCCCAGGGCUCGUGAAAUGCAGCAGAAUCCUUAUUUAUAAACAGGCCGAGGUAGUGAUAUAUGCGACCCCCCCUCUACUCAGUGACUUUUCUAUCCUAUGGAUAUCGGUCUUGAGAGUUGAGAUUGGAGAGCAGCGCCGUCUGCACUGGGUCCUGCAGCCUCCGUCCUUUCAAUGCCUGGUUUUCUCUGUGACUGCUGGCCUUCCCUGGAGAUCAGAGCGCUCCUGUGUGCCAUGGGCUGUAUUCAGAGCAUCGGAGGUAAAGCCAGAGUCUUCCGGGAAGGGAUCACGGUGAUUGAUGUGAAAGCCUCCAUCGACCCCGUCCCCACCAGCAUCGAUGAGUCCUCCAGCGUGGUGCUCCGCUACCGGACACCCCACUUCCGGGCCUCGGCCCAGGUGGUCAUGCCUCCCAUCCCCAAGAAGGAGACUUGGAUAGUUGGCUGGAUCCAGGCGUGCAGCCACAUGGAGUUCUACAACCAGUACGGCGAGCAGGGCAUGUCCAGCUGGGAGCUCCCCGACCUCCAGGAGGGCAAGAUCCAAGCCAUCAGCGACUCUGACGGGGUGAACUACCCCUGGUACGGCAACACCACGGAGACCUGCACCAUCGUGGGCCCCACCAAGAGAGACUCCAAGUUCAUCAUCAGCAUGAACGACAACUUUUACCCCAGCGUCACGUGGGCCGUGCCCGUCAGCGAGAGCAACGUGGCCAAGCUCACCAACAUCUACCGGGACCAGAGCUUCACCACCUGGCUGGUGGCCACCAACACCUCCACCAACGACAUGAUCAUCCUGCAGACGCUCCACUGGCGCAUGCAGCUCAGCAUCGAGGUGAACCCCAACCGGCCUCUGGGCCAGCGCGCCCGGCUGCGGGAGCCCAUCGCCCAGGACCAGCCCAAAAUCCUAAGCAAGAACGAACCCAUCCCGCCCAGCGCCCUGGUCAAGCCCAAUGCCAACGACGCCCAGGUCCUCAUGUGGCGGCCCAAGUACGGGCAGCCGCUGGUGGUGAUCCCGCCCAAGCACCGGUGACAGCCAGGGCCACCCGCUAGGUUAGACUCGCAAAUAAUAAUACCGCUGAAAACAAAACUCAGACUCACUCUUCAGUCAUUCAGCAAGAUACGACCAUUCUACCCUCUCCAGCGGGCGGAUCUCACUGUGCUGAGGCCCCCUGGGAAGGCCUCCCCGGCGCUCAGCACCUGCUUCCUUUCAGGGAGGGGGGAGACCUAAGCGGGACAGACAGACCCCACGUGCGCCCUCAGGGUCACCUCUGGUCUCCUUGCCUCUCCUUUUGCUCACAGCUUCAGUCACUCACCCGUAACAGAUUCCCUGAAACACUGCUUUUUCCGUUUUUCAAAAAAACUCCUCUUAUGGGGGUUCAGGGGCAGGAAGAGGAGGAGCCGAUUAGGAGGGAAGCUCCGGCCCCCGAUCAAAGAGACAGAUCCGCACUGCUGCCGAUUUGUGGCGCUGGCCGGCCUUCCCUCCCCGGGUCCCCCUGCCCUCUGUCAUGCGGCCUUAUGUAGACUUGCUUUGCCAAACUUUUGCCUUAAGCUGAAUUUAAAGGAAGAAAACCAAUUGGAGAAAGAAAGCAGGAUCUCUUUUCUACCGGACUUUUCCUCUUCUGCCACAGGUGGAGGGAGGGGUGGGGUCGCCUGGGAGGGUCUCUUGAGCCUUUCUUCCCAGGUGUCUUGGGAGAAGGGUGAGGAUGGGCGUUUAGACCUGAAACCAGCUGCUCACUCUUUCUUUUUGGCAGAAACAAAACCACAGGCAGAUUC